AUGGCAUUGUUUCAACCGCAAAUGAAAAUAAUUUCUCCAAAGCUUCAGGACAUUUCUCGUACGAUGACUCAAACAACGACGGAUAUUUCUCUUAACUCUAUUGUUGGAACUACUGCACAAAUUCCAUUUUCUUAUUUAACACUGUUCACUGUAAUCAAGUGCACCCCUGAUCCAGUGAAGUUUAAACACUUAAUGGACAUUCAAAAAUUGAGUUAUUCAUCUUCGUGGCAAAGCGAGCCUGUUCCAGUCACUCAAGAGUCUGCUUUGGUUAUGUUGAUCAAAGGCAUUUCAGUAAUUGGAAUUCGCUUUGUUUUGAACGAAUCGUGUAUUCCAUCUAUCGAUCCAAAUGACAGUGUUAUACCCCUCCGGAUAUUUGUUUGGACUUUAGAAAAAACGCACCGACUGUGUUUGCAGAAGUGGGUCGAACUUUUAAAAUUAUUGACAGACAAGAAUCUUCUGUUUGCGUGUCGAGAUGCACUCCUCUCUGCUUUUGCGGUCGAGAAAAACAUUUCUGGAGUUAAUAAAUUGCUUGAUUUGAUGAGGCAAAACAGUACAAUUUUUAAUGCAGACGCGUCAGAGCCGCUUUUCUUUGACGACGAAGAAACAGAACAAACGCUAUUAAUGGCUUCUUCCAUAGAAACAAUGUUUAAGUUUAUGUUCAAUACAACACUGAUCGAAACAAAUUUCGUUGAAAACUUCGCAAUUUUUUCAGUGUUUAUAAUGGACGUGUUGGUCUUUUUAGACCAAUUGGAUUCGAUUGCAGUGACUUUAGAAUUGAAUUUUAAUAUCAGAGACCCACUUGAAAUUAACAUGUGUUCGCGGAGACUCUAUACCUUAUUUAAAACGUUUAUAGAAAUGCACGCAGAAUCUUUAAUUCGAGAAUGUCCUUUCCUUAUUGAAAAGAUUAAACGAUCAAGAGUGUUUAGGUUCAAAGGAUUUGAUGAACAAGAGCGAGUUGUGAUCAAUGCGUUGUUUGGAAGAGCAAAGUCACGAUCGCCUAUGUCAUCACCACAUGUUGGAUUCCAUACAGAAAAUCAGUGCAAAAUGUUCACAACCACUACCGAGCUUUUUAAUAUGUUUGAUGAGUACACAACGUGUAAAAGUGGGAAAGGUGAAGUUAUGAAAACCAUUGCACAACAUUUCGCAAGACAAGUCACACUUGUGGACCAAGCCAAAUUACGCGCAAUCAAAAUGAAUGAAAUUAUUGUUGGAAAAAUACAAUGCCAAAGUAUAAGUGAGUAUACCUCUUACACUAGUAAAAUCGGCGAAAUGGUUGCUUUUUUACUUUCAAAAGCGGAUUCAUCAGAAAAAAGAAAAGAAGCGAUGACGUUCUUUAUAUAUGUCGUUUCAGAAUGCGUUGAACUUCAUAAUUACAAUAUGGGGCAUGUAGUGUUCUCUUCAAUACAAGUUGUUAUCAAUCAACAAGAAGAGUCGAAAUUGUCUAAGACAUUGCCUCAAUUCACAUCACUCCAAACACUCUUUUCACUGAAAAUGAACAACAAAGGUUGUAGAGAAGCUUUCAACAGAGCUCCGUUCCCAAAGAUACCAGUCCUUCAUUUGUGGUUAGCGGACUUAGCUCGAAUCAGUGAAUUACCAACGUUCUUUGAUGAAAAGCAGAAAUUGGUGAACAUCAAAAAGGUACGUUCACUUGGAAAAAUCGUGUUGUACAUCAGAGAUUCACAAACGAUAAGUUAUUCGUUCCCUCCGAAUACAGUCUUGAUGAGUCGACUGUUAGGACUCUAA